AUGAUGAUGAGAGGAGCUUCCUCCAGAGGGGCCAGUAUGGUCCACAGGCCAAACAUCAACCCAUCUUCACCUUUCUCCGAUUUCAGUGACAUCAACAACAACAAAUGCCUUCCAGGGCAACCUUUCAACAACACCACCGCCAAAAUCAAUUACAAACAGAAAAUCCUCCCCCGCGAAUUGAUUGACAGAUACAAACAAGGAGACACGCAUCCAGUGUCAGCACUGUACCAGCUCUCUCAAGUUCUGCAGUUUCAACUGGACCUAAAAGAAACAGUUACCACCACAGGUGUUACAGGGUUUUACUUUGCAUUUUGUGCUGUGAUUGACGGAGUCCAGUAUAAGACCGGAAUGGGCAUUACGAAGAAAGAAGCGAGAGCCAAAGCAGCUGAACUUGCGCUUGAAGAACUCAUAGCAAGUCUAGAAAAUGAUGGGAUACCUUCAGAUGUUUCCGUGGGUCCUCCUCCCCUGCCGGUAAGAGAAAAAGACACGGCAAUUCCAGAAAUCCAUUCUGGAAGAGCUGCACUUGAGAGAAAGAACCCCAUAAAGGAUCAAGUACCCAGUGCGGUAAGAGAGUUGUUCACCAAGCUAAUGGACAGUUACCCAGAAUUCUCUGGCUGCAGAGGAACAGUGGCUGCAUUUGUCAUGCUGUCUCCUACAGGAUGUGAGGUUGUUGGUCUUGGCACGGGCAGUUCAAAUACCAAAGCGAGUCCAGCACCCAUGGGACGAAUUCUGCAUGAUUCUCAUGCUGUGGUCAUUGCCCGAAGAUCACUGAUGAGGUUUCUGUAUAGGAAUCUGCUGCUGUUCUUCAGUAAGAAUAGCUCUCUGGAAGAAAAGUCUGUCUUUCAGCAGGACCAGACCACUAAACUCCUCAGCUUUAAAAACCACAUCACUGUACACCUGUACCUGAGUCAACUGCCCAAAGGAGCUGCGCAGAUCCCAUCACAACUCCGGCUAAAUCCUCUGUCCAUUUCUGCAUGGGAAGUGAACAAUCAGAUCGGUCUUCAUGUGGUGGUGGAGGGGAAGGUCUUCUCCAAGUUCUCCAGCUCGUAUGAGCAGAUGGGCUCUCAUGUGGUCAGUAUGUCCGCCACGGAUAAGAUCAUGCAGUGGCAGGUGUUGGGUUUCCAGGGGGCGCUACUGAGCCACUUUAUUGAGCCUGUCUACGUAAGCAGCAUCUUCAUCGGGGAUGAGAGCUGCAAUGAUACACGUGGCAUGGAGAUGGCAGUGAAUCAGCGUGUGGAUGGCAUCACUUCAACACUUCCAUUGUAUUACUGUGUAUACCGGCCACACAUCAGCCUGGUGACCUCUGCCAUGCCCGCGGAUGCUCGCCCCACCCAGAAAUCUCUCAGCUUGAACUGGAGCCAGGGAGACAUUUCAGUGGAGGUGGUGGAUGCUCUCGAGGGCAAGUCCACAGAGGAGUCACCAUUUAAGAGUAGUCCAGCCCUGGCCAGCCGUCUUUGCAAAGCAGCUAUGUUGAGUCGGUUCAAUUUAGUCGCUAAAGAGGCCCAGAGAGAAGAACUGCUCACCGCUGUCACCUACAGGGAGGCCAAGAUGAUGGCAAAGCUGUACCAGGAAGCCAAGAGUGUCCUGAAGUCUUACCUGGCCAGGAAAGGCUACGGUCAGUGGGUGGAGAAACCGCCAAUCAGUGACUAUUUCUCCAUGUGA